AUGAAGCCUAGCACCUACUUGUACCUGGCAGCCUACUUUGGCUUGUCAACUGCCGCCCCCUACAACAAGCGCGAUGACUCUUGCACUUGCGCACCUGGAGAGUCUAAGGGCACCACCGUCCUGACCGUCACCCAGUGGUCUACCCAGACCAAGACUCAGACAGUCACUGAGCACGUCACCGCCUACGUUACCACGACUGCUGCUGGUUCAGCAGUCCCCUCAUCCGUGCAGACCGACGCUGCCGCCUCCUCGGCUCCCGCUUACGGUGGCGACAACUACGGUUCUUCACCUUCCUCUUCGGAUGUCGAUGCAUCCAACAAUACCCCUACCACUGCUGCUGGUAGCGAGUCGGGUGCCAUCACCACUCUGCCUACCGCUUCUUUCGGCGAGGGCAACUACGGCGCUACCACUCCCGCUUCGUCUGCCGCCGUUCCGGCCGUUACUGGAACCACCACCAUGGGCUCUUCCGGCCCUGAGGUCGUCUACGUGACUGAUGUCGUCUCCGAGACAGUCACGACUUGC